AUGUUCCUCCCGGCCGUCCGUUCGUUAUUGUCGCAUCGGUAGCGCUGCAGGGUUCCUGGUUUCGGUGCGUGUGCGGCUUUACCCGACCUAGAGCGACCAUGGCCUCACUAUCGCUGGCCCCAGUGAACAUCUUCAAACAUGGCGCUGAUGAGGAGAAAGCAGAAACUGCUCGUCUGUCCUCCUUUAUUGGUGCCAUUGCUAUUGGGGAUCUGGUAAAAAGUACUCUUGGACCAAAAGGAAUGGACAAAAUCCUCUUGGGUGGUGGACGAGAAGGCUCUGUUACAGUCACCAACGACGGAGCAACCAUUCUGAAAGCCAUUGGUGUGGACAACGCUGCUGCCAAAGUUCUGGUUGAUAUGUCCAAGGUCCAGGAUGAUGAGGUUGGGGAUGGCACUACUUCUGUGACUGUGCUGGCCGCUGAACUGCUCAGGGAAGCAGAGUUGCUGAUUGCGAGAAAGAUCCAUCCUCAGAUCAUCGUCUCUGGCUGGAGGAAAGCAACCCAGGCUGCUCGUGAGGCCCUGAAGGGCGCUGCAGUGGACCAUGGUAAUGACCAGGAGAAAUUCCAGGAGGAUCUGUUGAACAUUGCUCGCACCACUCUGUCGUCCAAACUGCUCACUCAUCAUAAAGACCACUUUUCCAAGCUGGCUGUGGAGGCAGUGCUUAGACUUAAAGGAUCUGGCAACCUGGAGGCCAUCCACGUUAUCAAGAAACUUGGAGGAAGUCUUACCGACUCUUAUCUGGAUGAAGGGUUCCUGCUUGACAAGAAAAUUGGUGUCAACCAGCCUAAGAGGAUUGAGAAUGCAAAUAUCCUCAUUGCCAACACUGGCAUGGACACAGACAAGAUCAAGAUCUUUGGCUCUAGAGUGCGCGUGGACUCCACAGCAAAAGUGGCAGAGAUCGAGCUGGCCGAGAAAGAGAAAAUGAAGGAGAAAGUAGAGCGCAUUCUGAAGCACGGCAUCAACUGCUUCAUCAACAGGCAGCUGAUCUAUAACUACCCUGAGCAGCUCUUUGCCGCUGCUGGUGUCAUGGCCAUAGAGCAUGCAGACUUUGUUGGAGUGGAGAGGCUGGCGCUGGUUACAGGGGGUGAGAUCACAUCAACCUUUGACCACCCUGAGCUGGUGAAACUUGGCCACUGUAAACUCAUUGAGGAGGUGAUGAUCGGAGAGGACACUCUUAUCCAUUUCUCUGGAGUGGCCAUGGGUGAGGCCUGCACUAUUGUUCUCCGUGGGGCGACUCAGCAGAUUCUGGAUGAGGCCGAGCGUUCUCUCCAUGAUGCUCUGUGCGUUUUGGCUCAGACUGUUAAAGAGACUCGCACUGUCUACGGAGGAGGUUGUUCGGAAAUGUUGAUGGCCAAAGUGGUGACAGACUUGGCCAACAAAACACCAGGCAAAGAAGCAGUAGCAAUGGAGUCCUUUGCCAAAGCACUCAGAAUGUUGCCGACCAUUAUUGCAGAUAAUGCUGGUUAUGACAGUGCAGACCUCGUGGCCCAGCUGAGAGCAGCUCACCAGGAGAACAAAACCACUUUUGGCCUGGACAUGACACAGGGAAUGAUCGGUGACAUGGCAGAGCUGGGCAUCACAGAGAGUUUCCAGGUGAAGAGGCAGGUCCUGUUGAGUGCUGCUGAGGCUGCUGAGAUGAUCCUCCGUGUAGACAACAUCAUCAAGGCAGCACCCAGAAAACGAGUACCAGACCACCACCCAUGUUAAGGCAGAAAUAGUGAGGAGCAGCCUGUGUAUUUAUUACCUGAGACGGCCUCAUUCUUCUUGGGUCUCUUCACUUUUGAAUCACUGUGCUGUUACAGUGUUAGCACUGCAGAGGCUGUCUGUCAUGUCCUUAUUCCAACAUAUUGACAGUGUAGCUUUUUUUGUUUACUCCAUAAUAAAACUUUAGGACACACUUA